AUGGCCUGGGCCCAAGGAUUAAUUCUUUUUGCUGCAGCUGAUAAGGGCAGACACCUAGCGACUUUGAAUCAAGCUACUCUUCAAUCUCCAGAUGAGGACAAAAGUUUAUCGUCUGCCCACUUAGCACUGAAGCUGAAAGUCAAUGAGAGCGCUCUAAGCAUACGACACUCCGGAUUCUAUAGUAUCAGUGUCCGGAAGAAGAGCAAGGCCACCCAAUUCAAAGCGGAUGAACCCUAA